GACCUCAAUUAUCCCUCGCGGGGUUAGCAGGCGGCGUCGACCGAAAGCCACGCGUUAUAAGCAAGUACUGCACCCUCAUCUGAGCAAACCCCCAUGUCGCGACUAUAAAGCACCUUAUAGCGCCCGCUGUAGCUCCUUCCACUUCCCCAGCUAUCACACAGGCGGCACCGACCUAUCCGCCCACUGGGUCAUUUCGUCAUUGAUCCUCUUUCUCAUCUCACCCAGAUCUCAUCUGGACUGGACCCUGACUCUCGGCCGCCUCCAACUCUCCAACAUUAGUCCAGAAAAGCCGACGCUCUGCACCGGAACUUUGAUUCACGACUGUUGCCUGUUGCACCCAGCUCGCCCGACUCGUGUCCAUCCAUUCAUACCAUUCACACGCCUUUCCGACCAACCGGCCCUGCUGACGUCCGCUGUUCCUGCAGUAGCCUUGCCGUCACACUAUGGCGAGCUUACCCGGAUUCACCUCAAACUUCCCUGCGGGAUACCCAACCUUCCAGACUCGCGGGAACACUUUCGCACGCGGUAGCACAUCGUCGGGAGAAUCACCCUCUGCUCCGAACACUGCAUCUGAACCCCACUUUGAUAUUUUCGACUGGCACCCCGCCUAUCAAAGCUGCCAGCGUUAUUUCCUCGACCAUGCUCAGCACGAACACGGUGUACAGGCCGUCUGCGCUCUCAUCAACAUCUGCCUGCCGUUUCAAUGGACGCAACAUCCCCUCAUGAACGCCUCGGGACCGCUACCUCACUCAUCUGGGCCGGCCGCGUAUAAUAUGCCAUGGCCGCGCCAAGGUCCCGUCACCAAUUCCAGAGGUCAACCAGCUCCCGCCUGGGUGUCUCUUGUACCAUUCAUCCGCCGACUUGUCAUCACGGGAAUGGACAGUUCAGGUAUCAUGCAUGGUUUCUUUGGUGAAGACUGGAGAAAAGGCGUUGGUCCAAUGCACGAGUGUGAGCGGCGCAACUAUCUGUUUGCCGCCAAGAGCGUAGGAUGGGCCAAGGUCAAAUGCCAGUACGACAUGUCACCACACGAAACAGUCCCCUACUUGAAGCCAUUACAGGAGGUACAGCUGGCCGAAAUUGAGGGCGCUGAGAAAACCUGGAGUCAAUGGCUAGCCAUGGAGGACUGGAUGGUGGGCCCGAGGGCACCGGAUGCAGACGAAGAUGCGCACCGCCGUGCAUCGUGAGAACUGACUCGGAGUAUGGCGUUUUCAGCUGCAUCAUGAUAGUUAGCUAUGCAAGCUGGUUUUAGGCACAAGAAUAGUGCGCGUGCGGCUUCUUGGGAUUUUCAUGGGCUGGGCUCCACGGUCGGCAUCGUCCGGCGUCGGGUUGCACAUUCAAGUACCACGACAUGAGCGGAACGCUCAUUGGAAUAUCUAGUUAUAAUCCAAACUGUCUUUUCCA